CACAGGUGUGGGUGUGGUGUGUAACUUAUGUGUAAUCUGUCCUCCCCAGCUGUUUGUCUUUACUGAUGGAGAGGUGGGAAACACCAAAGAAGUUCUAGAUCUGGUGAAGAAGAAUUCAGGUUCCCACGGGUGUUUCUCUUUUGGGAUUGGAGAAGGAGCCAGCUCUGCUCUUAUCAAUGGGUUGGCCAAAGAAGGAGGAGGACAUGCUCAGUUCAUCACAGGGACUGACAGGAUGUAAGCCAAAGACUGUCAUACUUCCGAGCAGCACCUGAAGUGAAACUGUCCUCUUCACAUAAACUUCUAUCCUCAGAGGUGAACUGAUGAUGAACUGCUGUGGUCUGAUAACUGUCCAGAAGGAACCAGUUCCUCUGCAGAGCAUUGAGGUGGAGCUGGAGGUGAGGGACCAUGUGGCCACAGUGGUCUCCACUCUGAAGUACCAGAACAAAGAGGACAAACCAGUAGAGGCUGUGUUUGUCUUCCCUCUGCCUGGAGAUGCUGCUGUCUGUCAUUUCAGUGCUGUGAUUGGACAGAAAGAGAUUGUAGCUGAGGUGAAGGAGAAACAGGAGGCUCGUGAGGAAUAUGAUGAUGCAUUGAGCUCUGGUCAGCAGGCCUUCCUAUUGGAGGAGAGUGAACAGAGUCCAGAUAUAUUCUCUAUGAAGGUGGGUGGUCUGGCUCCAGGAGAGAGCGCCUCCAUCAGGCUGGAGUACGUGACUGAGCUGGCUGUGCAGGCUGAUGACGGGCUGAGGUUCUGUCUGCCUGCUGUGCUCAACCCUCGUUACCAACCUCAGGGUAGUGAAGGUGCCAGUGUCCAGGUGUUCUCUGUUCCAGCCUCUCUGGUUCCCUACACUCUGUGUUUUUGUGGCCGACUCUUCUCUCCUCGUCCAAUAUGUAAAGUGGAGUCCAGCUGCUCCCUGGAGCCUCUGCAGUACCUGAACACUGAUCAAACUCAGGCCACGGUGAAGUUGGCUGCAGGACACAAGUUUGACAGAGAUGUUGAGCUUGUGAUUUAUUACAAAGACGCCCACCAGCCCACUGCUGUGGUGGAGGCAGGACAGACCUCUGCAGAGACUGGCACUCUGAUGGGUGAUCCAGUGGUGAUGGUGAGUCUGUAUCCUGAGUUCCCCCAGUCUGUGAUGUCUUCAGUGGCCUCAUGUGGAGAGUUUGUGUUCUUACUGGAUCGAUCUGGAAGUAUGGGACCAUCUGUGAACAGCAAAGAGAGGCAUCAGACCCGAAUCAGCAGUGCCAGGGAUACUCUGCUGCUCCUGUUGAAGAGCUUACCUAUGGGCUGCUACUUCAACAUCUACAGUUUCGGGUCCAGCUUUGAACACAUUUUCCCUCAGAGUGUGGAGUACAGCCAGAAGACCAUGAAACAGGCUCUGAAGAAAGUUGAGGAGAUGGAGGCUAAUCUGGGAGGAACAGAGAUCCUGAAGCCUCUAAAACAUAUUUACAGCCAGCACUGUAUUCCUAAUCAGCCUAGACAGCUGUUUGUCUUUACUGAUGGAGCGGUGGGAAACACCAAAGAAAUUCUAGAUGUGGUGAAGAAGAAUUCAGGUUCCCACAGGUGUUUCUCUUUUGGGAUUGGGCAAGGAGCCAGCUCUGCUCUUAUCAAUGGGUUGGCCAAAGAAGGAGGAGGACACGCUCAGUUCAUCAGAGGGACUGACAGGAUGCAACCAAAAGUGAUGCAGUCACUGAGAUUUGCUCUGCAGCCGGCUGUGGAAGACAUCUCAGUCACAUGGGGUUUACCAAAGGGAGUGUCUGUCACUGUCCUGUCUCCACCAAUCACAUCCAUUUUCCAGGGUCAUAGGUCACUGAUUUAUGGCCAGCUCACUGGACAGAGUUCAGAGGCCACAGAGGGCAGUGUGACGGUGAAGUACAGCCUGGCAGGUCGUCCCUCUCAGAACCAGCUGCACUUCAGUCUGAAACCUGCAGAGGACACUGGAUUAACUGUCCACAGGUUGGCUGCUCGGACUCUGAUUCGCUCCCUGGAGAUGGAGGACAGAGAGCUCAGAGGACGGCAAGAUGGAGGAAUUAAGGAGAAGGUGAUGCAACUCAGUGUCCAAUCAGGAGUGAGCAGUUGUUUCACUGCCUUUAUUGCUGUCAACAAAGCUGAUGGCAAAGUGAUUCAGGGACCUCUUGUGCGCAGAAAUGUUCCAACAGCCGGGCUUCGUUACAGAUAUGCCUAUGUAAAGCCCAUUCUCUGUGUUGUUCCAGCAAGUUGUGAACUGGACCUGAUGGCUAUUCAUGACUGUUUGGAAUGGAACGUGGCCCCGAAAGAGAAGACUAAGGAUAUGACAUGCUUUGAUCCAUUUAAAGGAGCUUCCUCUUUAGACGUGAUCGGGUGUAAAGAGGCCACUGCACCAAAGCAGCCCCCCAGAGACCCUUUGCUGCAGCUGGUCUCCCUCCAAAAGGCAUCUGGCUGCUGGAUUCUGGAUCCAGAUCUGGCUGCUGCACUGGGAAAGACCAGCGAGGAGGUGGAAAAGUCAAAGCCUGCAAUGGUCACCAGUGAGGUGUGGGCCACCAUCCUGGCUCUGAUCUGGCUUCAUGGUUUCAAGAUGGAUGCAAAGGAAGAGUGGGAGCUUCUGGCUAUGAAGGCUGCAUCGUGGCUCCGUGCUCAGAAUGCUCCAUGUGUUCCAGAGUGUGUGGAUGCUGGAAAUGCACUGCUGGGUUGCAGCUUGCAGAAAGAUGCACUGAUGCUCUGAGUCUUCACCUUCUGGAUUGUUAUAAUUAAAGUCUGUAAUUUGUUUUUAUUUUGAUAUUUUUUUUUCAAUUGGUCUUAGAAAUGUAUACCUUUUGGAGAUUAUCAGUCUAAAAAUACAGAAUUUUCAAACCUGUGCUAAAACAUAAGAAAGAUAACUAAAGUAAUUGUGCCAUUUAUAUCACUUUGUGUCUGUGACAACUAAAUAUUAGACUUAUAUAACAUAGAUUCUACUUGUUGCUUUGAAUAAAAUGAUCUUCAGUGGCUUUAUUGUGGACUUCACACCUGCUCUGUUCACUGUUCUGUGUGACAUCAGUUUAUACAAGCACACCUCAAGCUGUCAGCAGAAAUUUCUGGAUGCCAAUAAAAGCAAAUUGAAGCAGUU